ACCGCUACUAACUUUCCAAAACGGAAUGCUAUUAAAUAUUCUGUUUCGACGUGCACUUUCAGUGAUAUAGUUGCGUGGAACGUUGUGGUUCGCCCUUUCCACACUUCUUUGUUACAAUGCCGAAAGGACGAGGCCAACCGAUGAUGAAGGUGAAAGAAGAAGAUACAGAUCAACAACUUGAACGGAACCCCACACCUGGCGAUGGGGCUGCUGCGGGACCCCCCUUUCUUAAAGGCGAGGACUUCAACUUUGAGAGUGAUUGUGACCAAAAGUGGCAGCCAGGGGUCUCCGGUGAGGGAAAAAGGCGUCGGGAGGAGGGGGGCGAUGAUGACAUGGAGGAGGAAGAUGUCGUCCUGACUGAGAGCGAGGAUUCUGACGACGAUGUAUUGGUAGUGUUGGAAUGUGAGGGUGAUGAUGCUGACUGGGCGCUCUUCAGGGAUGAUGAUGAUGAUGAUGAUGAUGAAGAUGACGAGGAUUAUGAUGGCGCGGAGGAGGAGGAGGAUGGGCAGCACAGCAUCCGCAAGCCAAGGCUCAACAGGUGGUGA